AUGAAGGUAUGUAUUAUGUUUAUAAUAAUAUUAGUUAGCUGCAUCUGAAGCAUUCAAGAAACUAAAAUUGAAACAUUAUUAAUAGGCUAAAGUUACUACAACCAAGUUUUAUUAAACAAAACCUUUUUUUUCAAUGCCUGAAUAAGUUGAAAAAGAAUCUGGUGUAUUAGCACCAAAAAGAGUUAAUUAAGUUGAUUUAUUUAAAAGAUAUACUUAUGAAGUAUUACCUGCACUUGAAUAAUCAGUAGAAUUGGAUUUACUUGAAAAAGUAUUUUAAAAAGUAGAUCCUGUAGUAAGAGAAUCAAUUACAUAAGUAAAAUAUAAUCAAAUCAUAUUAGGCCUAUAUUAGAAAGUAAGUUGAAUAAUUAGCCUAAUAACCAGAUCCAACAUCAAUCAAAGAUCUAGAAGACAAUACUAAAAGUAAUAUGCCAAGAGAAAAAGCAAAAUUAUUUUUACAAAAUUGGUUAGAUUUAAAUCCAAUCUAAAUUGGAAAAUGGAUUCCAUUAAAUUAUGAAUUAUUUAAGAAAACAUUCAAAUUUUUAUCUCCAGGUGAUUUCCAAAAAAACCUAAUUGAAUUAUCCAAAAAUUUCUCACUUAUGAUGACAGAUGAAGGAUUUAAAACAAUUGAUUAUGUUGAUUCAAGUAAAAGAAUACCAUAAAUAUUCAAUUAUAAAAAGUUAUCUAAAGAUAAUUUCAGAAAAGAAGGAUAUUUUAUUAUUAUGUUUAAUGUAUUAAAAGGAGAUUUUAAUGAUGAACUUAAGAAACAUAGAAAUAAUGAAUUAUUUUAAAGAAUAUUUGCAACAAGUGUUAAUUUUGAUGCUUUAUUGACUGUUAUAUUGAAUCAUUGGGAAUUAGUAUAAUAAUUAAGAACUCCAGAAUAAAGAAAAGAAUUCUUUAAAUCUCUUGUUGAUUAAUUAUUGGAAAAGAUAGAUAAAUAAUAACCUAAUGCAUCUAUGCCUGAACUAUUAUUUUCAACUGUAAAAUCAUUACAAUUUAAAGAUUUUACUUUGGAUCUAACAUAAUAUGUAAAUAAUCCAUUUCCAGUUCCAAAAACAUUAAUUGAAAAUAGAUUUGGAGUAUUAAAUCAAUUAAUAAUUUAUAGGAAUAAUAUUAUGGAUAUUCAAGUAAUUUACUUUUCUAUGGAGAUCAUGGUGCUGGUAAAUCUGGUGUAUUAAUGUAAGCAAUUAUGUAUGCAUAAUAAACUGGAUGGAUAGUUGCAGUUGUUCCAUCUGGAUAUAAGUAUUAAAUAAAUUAAUAGUAUUUUAGUUGGACUUCAUUAAAAUAUGAAGCUAAAAGACAUCCUAAAACUGGAUUAUAUAUGUAACCAAAAGCAGCUUAAGAAUGGUUAGAAUAAUUUAAAGAAGCUAAUCAAGAACAUUUAAAAACCUUUUAAGUAGAUUUAAGUCUUUAUGGUAAAUUCAAUUUAAGUGGUGUUCAUGAUAAUGAUCCUGAUCCUUGUCCUAAUUUAUAUGAUGAAAGAAGAUAAUAUCACUUCAAAGAUUUUGAGAAAUUUAUAACUAAAGAAGAAAGAGAUUUUGAAGAAGCCCAAGAUUAAAUUAUGUCUGCAAGAAUUACAUUGAAAAUACCAAAACCUUAAUACUUAUAGGAAAUUAUUGAUUAUGGUAUUUCAAAUGCUCAUUAUGCAACUAAUGCUGUUUAUGAAGUAAUGGAAUAAUUAUAUAAUACUGAAAAAUAUAAAGUAUUAGUAGCUGUUGAUGGUAUUAAUUGGUUUUAUAGACCAUCAUAAUUACCAUCAUUUCGUUAUGAAUCUGAUAAAGAUUUAAGGGUAAUUAUAUUUUAUUUAUUAUUUUAAGGGACAUGUACCACCAUAUCAUAUGUCAUUACCUAGAUUAUUUAUGCAUUUUGAUGGUCAUAAAAUAAAGAAUGGUACUAAAAUAACUGCUUCAUCCAUAUAUAAAUUAUUUUAACAUGAUUUUUAACCUAAACAUGUACUCUUACCUUAAAAAUAUGGUAUAAAAUUAAAUGGAGCACCUUUGGAUAUGUUUAGAUCAUUCUGUGAAUAUGGGAUUUAAACAGGAAUGUGGAAAUGUGAUGAAUUUUCUUAAACUACUAUUGAAUAAUUUUGGAUGGAAACUUAAGGUAAUUAUUUUGAAGCAAUUAAAUGUAUGAAAGUUCAUUGGAGAGAUAUAUGAUAAUGUAAAUUAUUUUAAUCAUAUAAGAAUAAC